GGCCAAACGGUGAGUUUGUGUACUUCCCAGCCUGAUUCAAGAUCAGAGGCAUGAAGGCCUUGGUAAAUCACAUGUAUCACCCGGUCGGAAUGCCCAGGUUCUAAAGACAGCGAUGGGCUUCCCCUCUACUCCGUACCGUGGCUUUUGUCUUGCCUGUGCGAGUCUGCAUCUGCAUAUGUGUCCCCAUCUGAUACAAGAAAUGACGGCUCAUGACUCUACCGUUGCUAACUCAUGUAACCCCAUCUCGUAUGGGUGUGCCUGGCUGUCCUGCAGUCUUCCCCAAAUAGGUCUCGUGUGCCGAGCUGGUGUGCUAGAGCUGGGCACAUCCCAUCAUCAUUGGUCGCGGCCACUGCUCGUAUCAAUCUGCAUGUCGACCACCUGCCUAAUGGUGCAGGACACCUGCAACAGGGAUUGGAGGAGAGCGUCUUCGGCGGCCAAGUCUUGCCAGAUGCUGAAUCGAACCUUCUGGUACAUGUCUAGAAGCACUACGGCUUGGCAGACGGGACAGUCAGAGGACAUUUGCUUACUUGAUCGUUUCAACUGGCCGGUUUCUGCGGCACUCGAGAUAUUAAUAAUCCUGAGGAAUGCUGUGUGUCCACGGGCUUGCAGUAGUCUGGGACCGUUAGCUCCAAAUCCCCCAUUCUUUGGGCGCAGAACGUCAUCCUGCUCAGGGCUUUGAACCUAGGGGCGAUGCCGCGUUCCGUUCAUUAGAUGUAAGUGGAUUGACAGCGUCCCCUCAUUGAAGUGGACAACGACUUCGUAGGAGGUAGGCUGGCGCUAGUUGUAAAUUGGCCAGGCAAAUGGUUCGAAUGGUAUUACGGAGUAUGUGAAUGGCGCCCGUUCCAAAAUCCGUCAAGUCAGGCCGUCUGGACUAGAUUCCGCGGAUCUCCUUGCUAGGAGGCCGUGACUCAUGUCUCUGCGAAUCAAUCGCCUGCCCUCAGGACAACAUGCUUAUGCGGACGCCCCGCACGCUGCCGGGAGGGGUGGGUGACGAAAACCCACUUGGCCAAAGUACGGGGACUCCACGUGCGAAGGUCAUGGCGUCUGACGGGAAGAGAGGGAUG